CUGAGGAGCGGAGCUGAGCGCGCGGCGGCGCGAGAACCUCGGCCCGCGCGCCUUCCCACUCCUCAGCGGCGGCCUCGUCGUGCGCACCCGCGGCCCCCAGCAUGUCGGCGGCGGCCCCCGCUGCAGAGGGAGAGGACGCCCCGGCGCAGCCCGCGUCCGAGAAGGAGCCCGAAAUGCCGGGCGCCAGGGACGAGAGUGAGGAGGACGAGGAGGAGGAAGAGGACGACGACGAGGACGAGGAGGAAGAAAAAGUAUCUGCCAGGGUUUCGAUGCGAGUGUAGCUGGAUUUUCGCGGUGUGCCUUCAGAACACUUCGUCAUCCGGCAGGAAGUUUAAAAGAGCCUCAUUGUGGAAGGCAAGAGAGAAAAGAAGAAAGUAGAGAGAUUGACAAUGCAAGUGUCUUCCUUACAAAGAGAGCCAUUUACAAUUGAACAAGGGAAGGGUCAGAAACUAUGUGAAAUUGAAAGGAUACAUUUCUUUCUGAGUAAGAAAAAAACAGAUGAACUUAGAAAUCUACACAAACUGCUUUACAACAGACCAGGCACAGUAUCCUCAUUAAAGAAGAAUGUGGGUCAGUUCAGUGGCUUUCCAUUUGAAAAGGGCAGUACCCAGUAUAAAAAGAAGGAAGAAAUGCUGAAAAAGUUUAGGAAUGCAAUGCUAAAGAGCAUCUGUGAGGUUCUCGAUUUAGAGAGAUCAGGCGUGAACAGCAAACUAGUGAAGAGGAUCUUGAAUUUCUUGAUGCAUCCAAAGCCUUCCGGCAAACCAUUGCCAAAACCCAAAAAAUCCUCAAGCAAAGGUGGUAAAAAGGAACGGAACAGUUCUGGAACAACAAGGAAGUCAAAGCAAACCAAAUGUCCUGAAAUUCUGUCAGAUGAAUCUAGUAGUGAUGAAGAUGAGAAGAAAAAUAAAGAAGAGUCUUCAGAAGAUGAAGAGAAAGAAAGUGAAGAGGAGCAACCACCAAAAAAGACAUCUAAAAAAGAAAAAGCAAAACAGAAAGCUGCUGCUAAAAGUAAAAAGUCUGUAAAAAGUGCUAAUGUUAAGAAGGCACAUAGCAGCACCACCAAGAAGAAUCAAAACAGUUCCAAAAAAGAGUCUGAAUCUGAAGAUAGUUCUGAUGAUGAACCAUUAAUUAAAAAAUUGAAAAAACCACCUACAGAUGAAGAGUUAAAGGAAACAGUGAAGAAAUUACUGGCUGAUGCUAACUUGGAGGAAGUCACAAUGAAGCAGAUUUGCAAAGAGGUAUAUGAAAAUUAUCCUGCUUAUGAUUUAACUGAGAGGAAAGAUUUCAUUAAAACAACUGUAAAAGAGCUAAUCUCUUAAGCUAGAGGACAGAUGGCUUGUUCUAAGAUUUGAAGAUACGAUUUAUACCAGCAAAGAGAAUGUAUUUUCUUUUUUAAGUCUAUUGUUGGUAGAACUCGCUGCUGACCCUUUUGAGUGUUACAUAUAUUUGAGCUUGCUGUUUUAAAUUGCAUUUCCUUGCAGUUUUCAGUUUAAAGUCUUGCAUGGCAGUAAAUGUUCCUUGCUUUUUAUAGUUGUACGCUUUGGAUUUCUUUCUUGUAAGGUCAUAGAUUUCUGGACUGUACGAAUUUUAGUGCACUUAAUGUUAGCUUAAGACCCUUUUAAUUGAAGCAAAAACUAUUAUAACCAGCAUUUAUACGUGCAGAGACUAUUGCAGUAUUUAGUAUAUGAGAUAUUUUGAAUACACCUUCUGUCAGUGUGAAAACAUAGUGGCAGUUUCUUCAUCAUAUUAGAGCACAGCUGUUCAGAUGACCGAGUUGGAACUUUUCAUGCAUGCGUAUAUAUGUCAGGUUGUCAGCAUGACAGAAGUGACAGAUGUUAUUUUUGUAUUUUUAAAAACCAAUUUGUUGUAUAUAAUUUUUUUUUUAAAUUUCUUUUGUGCAGAUCAAUUUUUAAACUCAUGUAGGUAGAUGUCUUUACACCUGUAACUAAAGAAUGUCAGUGUUCAGCCAGGCAGCAUAACAGAGCAGUUAGUUCAGUGCUGCAGCACUGAAGGACUGUCCAGUUCUGCUUUGCCCUGAAAGUGUCAUCAAUUUUGUGGUAUGUUAAAAGUGUCAUAGAAAUUUUAUAUUGAGGAUAAACCAAAAUCAACACAUCAGAGUUUCAAAAACUGGGGAAGGGUGAGCCCACUUGGCUUAUAUAUAAGUGAACUUUGACCAUAUAAAUAUUAGAUACCUGACUUCAUAAUUAUGAUUGAAAGUAUCAUCAGAUGUAAUGCCAGAAGAUAGUAUAAAAGUAUCAAUCAGAUGGUAAUGCCGGCAAUGUAGGUAUCUUUGAAAGUAUUUCUCAAAAACCAUACAUUAAAUUUCUUUGAAGAAAGUAUUAUGGAAUCAAGGCUGUUUGAUUUUAAAUUUUGGUCAAUCAAGAUUUUUAGGUGAUAAACAUGGACUGUCCCUGAAUUUAAAUUUUGUCUUUUGACUGUCCUGGUAACUUAUUUCUGAAUUAUAAAAAUAAGCUGCUUGACAAUUGAUGUACCAACUGAGUGUUUAAUUUUCACAUCGUAAAUCAAAUAUAUUAAAAAUAAUGUUGAACAUUAACAGGUAUUUUCACAUAUUCAACUUUAGUAUGCUUAGAGUGAAAUGGAGGAAGUAACUAAAUGGGGACUAAAAAUUGGCCUUUACUUUUAAAUAAUUUGUUAUAAAUCUUGGCAAUAAAGAUAAAUUGAUGUUUU